AUGGACUGCGGGACUGCUGGCACAGCUGCGGGCAUUGACCCCAAAAUACUCGACAAUUGGCAAUCCGAUACCGCUUUUUCGAUCGCUUCGUGGGAGCACGGCGGCUACGACCAGCAAUUCGAGUGGGAUACUAGCCCAGACUCGAAUCAGGAUGAAGCAGAAGUCGUGGAUUUAGGUGUUCUACAUGGUUCACUGGCCGACGAUCAGCCCAGCGCCUCUGUCUUUGGGCAUAAUUCCGACCCCAGCAACCCAGGUCUCAUCUCGCCCGAGAAGUUAAGCGCCGUGGAUGCCGCAAUCGAGGGCACCAUCAGCGGGACCGUGAGCCCCAGAACCUUGCCCUCCUCGACCGAUGAUAACUUUCACGUUGAUGAAACAUGGCCGCACUUCCAGCUCAUCAACCCCAUGGCGGCUGGACUGCCCGUGGACGCGCCUAUGGCCUUACCUUACGCGAAAGACCCGACCUCUAACAACACAGUGAUCGUCGACGAUGGAGGGGAGCUCUCCAACGGACAGGGGUUUCCGGAGGUCCAGCCGGAGCAGUACCUGACAUUCCAGAAUCUUUCUCAAGCGUUUCAGUUCGCCGGUGAUCCUUGGGCGGAGCCUCCUGUCAAUCUUGAUGCGAAUACGUCGGCGCAAGCACCCAUCUCCGUUCCUCAGAUGAGACCACAGGUACAAAUCCAGAUUAUCAAUCAGCCUCGCAGCUUCCAGGGCUCUUUGCGCCCGCUCGAAUCGCGCUGGCUUGAAAGCCUUGAAUCCCAACUGCCUACGAACCUAACUUCGCCUGCCUCAUUAACAACAGAUUGUCAAGACCACUCCUUACCUAAAGAUGACAGAAGACUUCAGGAUGCAUUUCAGUACAAGUCAGAGAGCUCUUCUGUUUCUGGUGAUCUUUCAGGAGUUUACGACUGCUCCUACUCGGGCUUAAGUGAUGAUGUGCCGGCGUUUGCAGAACGACAACUGGAAGACGAUGGUGCUUGGAAGGAUGCGCAGAAGAAGGAGUCUUCGUCUGCAACCUCACGGCCGCUGCAGGGUGCCACUGCAUUCGUAGUCAGCGAAAACCCCCAAGAGUCUUUCUUUAUGACUGCUCCUAGCAGAUCGAGGGCUUCGUCGACCGCUGCGCAACGAGCCUCUGGCCGGCCUCAGGCACUUGCUUUGCAAUCGGUGGCUACCGUCAGAAAGCGCAAGCAGCGUACCUCGAACGUUAGCAUUGACCAGAGUUUGCCGAAACCACUGCAGAUUGUCCAGGAGGACGGCCAAGGUGGCUCCAUUGCCUCCGCUGAUUUUGUAUCGCCGCCUCGGGGAGCCCGCCGCAAGGGUCCUUUGAGCAUGGUUGGCAGGGCCAAUGCUGGAUUGCGGAGGAAGAAUAAGGAUACUUGUGUUCAGUGCCGCUUGAACAAACGGAAGGUUGCUCAACGAGCCGUCAAUCACCCAACCGUGGACCGCUCUGGUCGAGUCCGGAUGGAAAUCCCAUCCAAAUUUGUCCUGAAUGACCUUUUGACGCUCUUGAGCGAGCGGCAAGGACGGUUCAACAUCCGUGCCAGCCAAGCAUGGGGAUCGCUGUACGUUUUGGACUUAGCAGAGACGUACAAGUUCUUGAAAUCAUUGAGCGAGUACAAUGGUAACUCACGAUCCACCUUUCUCGAAUUCAUCGACCGUCGAAUUGUGGAGUCGAAGGACAAGUCCAAGAAUUGGCUGAGCUGUGUCAGAGAUUGCGAUCCGAUGAACAAUAUCUACUCACUACUCUCACAAUGGAACAACAUGCCUAGUCGUGCCAGCUACAGCUUCGUUCCACUACAAGGUGGAGGCCAAGAACGGCCCAUGGACAUCCACAACCACGAAGAUCAACGCGAGAUUCUGCUAGCGGCGCAGCUGUCGCGGAUUGUCUGCCGCAUGCUGGAGGUCGAAGGGUUCCGGAAGCUGGAACGGGACUUUUACAACAUCAAAUGGAAACAAAUCUCUCAAGAGACACACCUGCGUUUCCUGAAUCAACUCGGACAUAUCCUUCUGUCUCUCCGGUGGCGAGUGUCCUGGUGGAAGCGCCUCGGAGACGGCGGCCGCGAACCCGACCCUUCGAAGCAGCAUUAUGAGGACCGAGUCGAGCUGCUUUGCCGAAUUCUCUAUGUCUACUACACCUGUGUGCAGGCUAAGCUUCCUUCGUGGUCGACCGCCGAUGUGCCCAAGGGCGUCUGGUCCACUUACGCUGAUUCGGAAAAUGCGGUGUGGGACGACUUCCCCUUGGAUCCGAGCGAAGAUGGAUUCAAGCGCUGGAUGGAACGGGGCCGCGAACUCAUUGAGCAAGCCGGUGUUCCGAACCGCGUCUCGAAGAUUUAG